AUGGAGCGCUUGCAACUGGCUUCCCCUGACCAGCCACCAGCGGGGCCGCCUGCUCAAGCGAAUAUGAUUGAUGACCAGCCGCCCAUGGAAGACCCGGAGGAAGAGUUCGUGGGACUGAUGAGGGCACAGCCAAAACACAAGCCCCAGCCGCAGUCAGCUGCACAGUCCGCUGCUGGCGUGCCCUGCCCUGGUUGCGGCGGCCGUCACACCCACACGGCCUGCCCCUUUCGCACCGCUAUCUGUCGCAGGUGCAAAGGAGAAGGACACAUUGCCAAAGUUUGCCGGGCUCUCCUGCCCGCACCUUCGUUCCUGCAAUCAACUAGCCAGCCCCAAGCGCAGAUGCGCCACCAGCAGCCGAGGCCCGCUAGGCGGGCUGAAGACUGUUUCUCUACCUGUCAGCCGCCUGCCUCUGAUUGUCUGAGAGGAGGCAUGAUUGAAGCUGUGAAUUUCAACUUUGUCAAGGAAUUCAUCUUUUCGGGUUUCACCAGUGACAGAAAAAUCCAGCUUCUCCUCUUUGUGGUCAUUCUCAUCAUUUACCUGCUUACAGUUUUGGGAAACCUGCUGAUCAUCAUAUUGAUACAGGUUGAUGUACAACUCAACACUCCAAUCAGGAUGGAAGCUGAGAAUGUCACCUCUGUUAAGGAGUUCAUCUUACUUGGAUUAACCAGCCAAAGAAAAAUCCAGCUUUUCCUUUUUGUGGUCAUUCUCCUUGUCUACAUGCUUACGGUUUUGGGGAAUCUCCUGAUCAUCAUCGUAGUGCAGAUUGACAUUCAGCUCCACAUUCCCAUGUACUAUUUUCUCUCACAUUUUGCAGGGGUAGAAAUAUGUUAUGUCACCAGCACCAUGCCCCUCAUGUUAACUCAUCUCUUGACUGGAAAUGGGGUCAUCUCUUUUGCAUUCUGCAUCAUCCAGAUAUAUGUCGCAUUGACCAUGGCGAGCAUGGAGUCCUAUCUCUUGUGUGUCAUGGCCUAUGACCGCUACUUAGCCAUCUGCCGUCCACUAAUUUAUGCUACUGCCAUGAGCAAGCAAAACCAGUGGCACUUUGCUUUAGCCUGCUGGGUAAUUGCUCCUGUGCUCUCUGCCAUCUGUGUUAUCUCUCUUGCUGGCCAAACUUAUUGUGGUCCCAACCAGAUCAACCACUUCAUAUGUGAAAUUCCAGUGGUGAUGAAACUUGCAUGUAGUGACACACAUAUAACCAAGCUUGUGAAAUUAGCUAUAGCAGCAUCAGGCAUUCUGGUUCCUCUAUCGGUCAUUCUGACCACCUAUGGGUAUAUACUUUACUCGGUCUCACAUAUGAAGUCAAACGUUGGACUGCAGAAGGCUUUCUCUACCUGUGGCUCCCAUUUGAUUGUGGUCGUUUUGUUUUAUGGGACGAUUAUCUAUAUGUAUAUGAUUCCAAAGUCAGCUUCAUCUCCUGAUCAUGAUAAACAAAUUGCAGUCUUCUAUGUUGUGGUCACCCCUCUGCUCAACCCCAUUAUUUAUACCUUGAGGAACAAGAGCAUACAUAGGGCAGUAUCUAAAAUAUUGUGA